CGUCUUGCCAGUCAGAUGGACAGUGGUCAAAUCAAUCGCCAGUUUGUGUCCCGUGCUUAGAGCUGGCAAGUAUCCACAACGCCGACAGGGUCAUCACUACAAACGGAACAACUACGACUGUUAAUUUUUCGUGUAUGGAUAAAUAUACUUUGGUUGGAGAUGAAGAUCUGAUUUGCAUGACUGAUGGGUCAUGGCAAGGAGCAACCCCGACAUGCGUGUGUUCAUCAUUCCAAUCUCCCUUGAACGGCGAUCUGAAGAUCUCGGAGAACGGAACAGGCGCCACAUAUACCUGUGCAGAGGGAUUCUCUCUCAGUGGAGAGGCACAACAAGUCUGUGAAACUGUUGAUGCUCAGCUUGCCGGCAACGACCCACCGACUUGUGUGGGGUGUGCGACGCUCCAAGCAACCAACGCAUUUACUAAUGCCAGUACGGAUGGGUUGACGACCGUCAUGGAAUUUACUUGUGAUGUCGGUUACACUUUGGUCGGGUCAUCUAGUACACAGUGCCGUAGCGAUGGUUUAUGGACAAAUGACCCGCCUUCUUGUGUGUCAUGCCCGGGCCUUUAUGCAACAGAGGGAGCAGUGUUAGAGCAGAUUUAUAGAGGCGGUGUUACAAUUGCCAGCUUUAGUUGUAACCUUGGGUACAGCAUUCUUGGAUCCUCCAUUCUGACAUGUCGUACGGAUCAGACUUGGGAUUUCCAGACACCCUCAUGUGUGCAAUGUCCAAGCCUUGUUGAUCCUGCAAGCGGCAGCGUCGACGUAAGCACUGACGGAUUAACCAUGGAAGCUGCAUUUGUGUGUGCGUCUGGAUAUUAUCUCGAGGGAGCUGAUGUAAUUUUGUGCAAUACGUCUGGACUAUGGAGUGAAGAUAGUCCUGUUUGCAAGUGCGUUAUGCCAACUAGCAUUUCAAACGGCGCUUACCAGGUAAGGGAAAACGGCAGUGUGCUCGAGUACUCGUGUAUUGAGGGGUAUACACUUUCUGGAAUGACCGUCAGGACAUGUAGUGAUUCCGGGGAUGGCUGGUCAGACUCUAGUCCUUCAUGUAUAAAAUGUGGUGAUCUGGCAUCGCCAGACUCGGGUAAUGUAUUAUUAAGCACGAAUGGUACCGUCACACACGUGCAGUAUUUCUGCGAUGUCGGCUACUCAGCAUCUGGCGUCAGCGAGUCCAGAUGUCUUGAAGAUGGAACGUGGGAGCUAUCUGAUCCUCCUACAUGUGUACCAUGUGACCCACUAGAAGACAUGGUGAACGGGAGCGUUUCUUAUACCACCAAUGGUACUGAAACAGCUCUCACUAUCGAAUGUGAGUUGGGGCAUACUCUGAGUGAUAAUGCCAUCGUUUCCUGUCAGCCAGACGGCACAUGGACAACCGGACUUCCUCAGUGUGUGUAUUGUUCCUCGCUUAACGACCCCAAGAACGGCUUUUCGGAUUCGUUUAAUGAAGACAACCAGGCGAAAGUAUCAUUCAGUUGUGACAGCGGUUACACCCUGAUUGGACAGUCGACAAUUACCUGUCGUCCGGACGGAACGUGGUCGGAUGAUGCACCCUCUUGUGAAUGUGAGGUGUUCAGUUCACCACAGAACGGGAACUUGACAAUUUCCACGGACGGCACUAAGGCUAGUUACACUUGUGGGGAAGGCUUCACACUGACGGGAGACACUACAAUAGAUUGCAUUACAGCAAUAACAACCCCAGACUAUACACCUCCAUCUUGCACUCUGUGCGAUCCGCUAUCAACUACCGCAGCAAUUGCAUUGGCCUCCGACGAAACUGUGACUUCGGCGACAUUUUCAUGUGAGGUUGGGGCUACGUUAGUUGGUGCAAGUAUCGCCACUUGUCGAAGUGAUGGAACAUGGAACACGUCUCCUCCAACAUGCGUUACGUGUGCGACAUUAGGCACCGUAUCUGGGGGCACAGUGGAGCUACAGGCGUCCGGGACGACAACAACAGCGGUUUUCACUUGCGAGACGACACAUGCCCUAUACGGAGCGGCUAAUCUCACAUGCCGAGACGAUGGAUCGUGGGACUUUCAGCAACCAAUAUGUGUUUCCUGUCCUGCCUUGGAUACACCAACAAGUGGCUUUGUCAACGUUACAACGGAUGGAUCUAACCCUGUUGCAAUGUUCACAUGUGCCAGCGGUUACUUCAUUGACGGCAGAUCCAGCCUCGCAUGCCAGGCAGAAGACGGUCUGAGUGCACUCUGGGACUUCCAUCAACCUCUGUGCAAAUGUAACCCAUCCGGUCAGAUAUCCAAUGGGUCGGCGGUAUUGUCGGCAGACGGCAUGUCGGUGACAUACACUUGUGACACUGGCUUCACGCUCAAUGGCGCUGGAAUUAGGUCUUGCAACACCGACGGGACAGGCUGGACUGGCACAGAACCAAGCUGUGUUUCUUGCCCUGAACUGACCACUCUUUCGAACGGGGAUAUAACCCUGGUUACGAACGGCUCAGUGACGUCCGUUGAAGUGGCAUGUGAUGUCGGUACAUCUGCCCGUGGAGAAGACAUGCUUGUGUGUAAUCCGGAUGGUACAUGGAAUGCAAGUCUGCCUGACUGCGUGGAAUGCCCUGCUCUCACACUGGACAGUCAUGGAAGCGUUAAUGUAACCAGCACUGGUACCAUUAGCGAAGGCGCGUUUUCGUGUGACGUCAAUUACACGAUGGCUGGUACCGAGCGUCUGACAUGUCGGGAGGACGGAACAUGGUCAGCUACGGAGCCAACGUGUGUUGCAUGUUCUGCCAUUGAUACGAUCCUGAACGGUCAUAUUACAAUUACCACAAAUGGGAGUUUAACUUCAGCUGCGUUUUCAUGUGAGGACGGAUAUAGUUUGGCUGGCUCGGAAAUAUUGGAAUGUAACUCCUCCGGAAUAUGGGACAAAUCCAUACCUAAGUGUGAGUGUGACCGGUUGUUUCCCCCACCAAUGGCAACAUGA